AUGGAGGUUUCUGUCAAUCCUAAUGAUAAUAAUAUUUUCUUCGAAUUUAACACUUACGAAGAGUUUACUAAGGAGCGACUCAAAUUAAACUAUGAGCAAACGCUCAAGCUGUGGUACUCUCGACCAGCAGAUUUAUCCAAUAUCGACAAUCAAUUUAUUCGACGACGUACACCUCGGCAACAGCGAGCAGUCUUACGAAAAGUGAAACUCUUCUAUUUCUACAGUGCUCGUUUAUGCAAUGAUAUAUUAAAUAUGCCCCUAGUGGAAGAUGAAUCUUUCUACGAAAUCUAUCAAUCACUCGUUCGCAGCACCGUUGGUUUUCUGAAUAAAGGAAAACGAUACGAUCCGAUGAUCAAUUUAGAGGAAUUGUUUAAAGCAGGUCGCCUCCUAUGGACCAUGAUUGCUAUUCAAGUGGAAUUUGACUUACCAGUAGCGAUAACUGAUUCACUCUUCGGCUACAACAUGCUCUAUCCUUAUACAGAUGAUUUUGUAGAUUGUACUUCUGUAUCUCAAGAAGCGAAAAAAGAAUUUGCACAAAUACUUCACAAUCAAUUACUCAUUGGAGAACCAAACUAUGAUCCGAAGUCGCAUUUCGACGGGAAACAAUCGAAACUGACUGAUUUACGAUUGCCACCGUCACUACAACCAUACAUAGACAAAAUUGGAAAGAUAUUUGAUAUGGUGAAGUCCAUCGAAAAUGACUGGACUCGUCGUGGUGAGCAUGAUGGUGUAUACAUGAGCUUGGCAACUAUUCAUGAUUCACAAAUAAAAUCAACACUGCAACAUGCGCGCCCUGACGAUGGAUACGAACCAACGAUGGCUCAAAUUGAACAGGUGAGCGCAGACAAAGGCGGUGCGUCUUUGAUCGCGGCCGGAUUUUUAAUUGAAGGUCGUUUAACACGAGCUAAAAUAGCAUAUCUGGAAUAUUUGGGCUUUGGUAUGCAAUUAGUCGAUGAUCUACAGGACGUCGCAUUAGACAUGAAGAAUAAUCAUCGAACAAUUUUUACUCAAUUGAUUGCCGAAGGACAAACUUUAGAUGCCCCCACAGCUCGUCUUAUUCAAUAUUGGUACUGUUCACCUGCCUAUAACAAGUUCACCGACGAUCAUUCAGGAUCUUCAGAUGCGGAAACUAAUGUUAGUAUGGCUCAUUAUGCUUAUAUUUUAAUGAUAAAAUCUUGCAUAUUGCUUAUUUUGGAAGCUGCCGCAAGACUACCACAAUACUAUUCAAAAGAGUUCUAUCGUGAACUAUCGACUCUGAGUCCCAUACCUUUCAAUUUUCUGAGACGAGUAGGCAUAGAAAACAAGCUGAUGGGAAUUGUGCGAAACCAAUGGUUCUAG